GGGCCGGCGCGCGCGGGAAGUGCUUGCGGGGCCGCUGGCCCCCUCAGCCGCUGCGAGCCAUGGCCUUUUCGGUGCCGGGCUACUCUCCCGGCUUCAAAAAGCCGCCCGAGAUACUGCGGCUCCGACGGAAAAGGGCCCGGAGCCGUGAGGCCGCCGUCCCCCCGCCUUUUGAGCUGCUCGAGCCGACGCCUCGCCAAGCCGCCCUGGCGGCCGGGCUGCCCCUUCGCCCCUUCCCGGCCGCAGCGGGCAGAGGCGGUGGCGGCCCAGCCGCGGCCGGGAGGAACCCUUUCGCUCGCCUGGACAACCGGCCGCAGGUCGCCGCGGAGCUUCCCGACGGGCCUUCCCGCGGCCGGCAGGAGGCGCCGGGCCCGAUUUUAGAUACGAAUCAAGAAAAUGACUUGCUGUGGGAAGAGAAGUUUCCUGAAAGAACAAGUGUUAUUGAAUUACCCCAGACUCCACACAUAUCAUUCUCCGAAUCUGAUAUUCCAUUCUCAGAAAGUACCAAGUUACCUGUGGACUGGAGUAUUAAAACUCGACUCCUUUUCACCUCUUCUCAACCCUUCACCUGGGCAGAUCAUUUGAAAGCACAAGAAGAGGCUCAAGGUCUUGUCCAGCACUGUAGGGCAACAGAAGUUACUUUGCCUGAAAGCAUACAGGAUCCCAAACUCUCCACUGAGCUUCGUUGUGCCUUCCAGCAAAGCCUUGUCUAUUGGCUCCACCCUGCCUUGUCUUGGCUACCACUGUUCCCUCGUAUUGGAGCUGAUAGAAAAAUGGCUGGAAAGACAAGCCCUUGGUCAAAUGAUGAAACAUUGCAACACAUUUUAAUUAGUGACUGGUCUUUGAGCUUUACUUCUCUAUAUAAUUUGCUUAAGACAAAACUUUGCCCCUAUUUCUACGUUUGCACCUACCAGUUUACUGUCCUGUUCCGGGCAGCAGGAUUAGCAGGAAAUGAUGUAAUCACAGCUCUUAUAUCUCCUACAACUCGAGGUUUAAGAGAAGCUAUGAAAAAUGAAGGUAUUGAAUUUUCUCUGCCUUUAAUAAAAGAAAAUGGCCAUAAGGAGAGAGCAUCUGGAACAAACUUGGGAUAUGGGGAGGAACAAGCAAUCAGUGAUGAAGAUGAAGAGGAAAGUUUUUCCUGGCUAGAAGAGAUGGGUGUGCAAGAUAAAAUUAAAAAGCCAGACGUACUCUCAAUCAAGCUGCGUAAAGAGAAACAUGAAGUGCAAAUGGAUCACAGACCUGAGUCUGUUGUGUUGGUAAAGGGAAUCAACACCUUUACAUUGCUCAAUUUUUUGAUCAACUGUAAGAGUUUAGUUGCUACCUCAGGUCCACAGGCAGGACUUCCACCAACCCUCCUAUCUCCUGUAGCUUUCCGAGGUGCCACAAUGCAAAUGCUUAAGGCACGAAGUGUAAAUGUGAAGACACAAGCCCUUUCUGGAUACAAAGAUCAAUUUAGUUUGGAGAUUACAGGUCCUAUCAUGCCUCAUUCUCUACAUUCUGUGACCAUGCUACUCAAAUCUUCACAGAGUGGGUCUUUCUCUGCCGUACUAUAUCCACAUGAGCCAACUGCUGUCUUUAAUAUCUGCCUGCCAACAGACAAAGUACUUGAUAAGGAGGUUGUUCAUAAGGAGCUUGCUAACUGUGGUUUGCACCCUAAGACUUUGAAUCAGCUUAGUCAAUUACCGUUACUGGGGAAAUCAUCUUUACGGAAUGUGGAAAUGAGAGACUACAUUUAUAAUUGGAGAUCCUGAACACCAAAGUAAGCUUAAAAGGAAUCUUUGAGGAAAAAGCCUCCUAGCAAGGAAAUUCAAGAUUCUUGAUUGAAGUUAAAGGAAUAUACUUUAAAAUGCUAAAAUGUUUAUAAACAUUAAGUUUUUAUAUUAACUUUUAUUGCAUGCACUGAGCAGUAGCAUUAAGGUUUUAAGUCAACAUUUUCUUUUACUAUUUUCAGAUGUGAAGAUAAACUUUUAAAAAACCUCAACUCAAAUGAGAAACCUAUAUAUAUCCCUACAAGCUUAUUGUAAGCUGAACAGAAAACUGAAUUAAUGUGUUUCCUUGCAAAUGGGAAAUUAAGACCAAAGCUGUAGCACUGUGAUUAAUGGCAUCAGGGCAAAAAUGUUAACAUAUACCUAAGACUAAUUCGUAGGCUGUUUUAUAACAAUAGAAUGUGUAAAUGUAGGUAAUUAUCUAGUGAGUUGAUUUGUUGAUGCUUCUACAGAACUCAGCAUCUUUCCUACUGAUUUAGAAUUCCUUUAUUCUCAAGUAUACUAAAAAAAUUUUUAGUGCAUGUUAGUUCAGAUAAAAGGAUAUUUUGUAUUGCACAUAGAAUAGUGUUAAGGGUUGUGAAGCAUAUGCUCAGCUGUCGUGGCAAAGUAGUUUUUAAUGUGACUGUAGAUGCGUGUGUGAGGGGAGUAUGUGUGUGUGUAUGUGUGUAAUUUUUUUAAAUAAAAGUACUUAGAAAUCAAAAGAAUUGGGUAAAGAUAUAACAGUAUUUUAGCAUGUGUUCACUUUAUAAUCCAAAAAAUAAAACACCACAUUUAUUCCA